UGCUGCGCGUCACAUGUUGUUUUUCUCCACAACGGGAUCAGUCAUACAGUCCUCUUGCGCGCACCGUUUUUUAACAUGAACGCAGCGGACACGUCCGCUAUGGAUUAAAUGAAAGUUGCGUCGUAAUAUCUUUAAUUUUGCUUUUUGGAAUUGAGCGCAUUCUGGUCCUCGGUCACGAGAGAUGGCAAGUCCUCCGGGGGUGGCGGGACACCUGUUAUCUAAUAGCGUCAAUGGCGUAAAGAAGUGCGGCUACUUGAGGAAGCAGAAACACGGACACAGGCGCUUUUUCGUGUUGAGGGAGCCCGCCGAUCGCUCGCCAGCUCGGCUGGAGUACUACGAGAGUGAGAAGAAAUGGCGGAACAAGGGCGCCGCCAAACGGGUGAUAAGUUUGGACUCCUGCCUCUGCGUCAACAAGCGGGCGGACGCCAAACACAAACACCUUAUCGCCCUCUACACCAAGGACGAGUACUUCGCCGUGGCUGCGGACAGCGAGCAGGAUCAAGAGAGCUGGUACGAGGUUCUGACCGACCUCCUCGCCGAGGGAAGGGUGUACGACAGCCCCGCUUCCACCUCCUCCCUUGUCGGCUUUGAGGAGGCCAACUAUGGACUCGUCACCCCAGUGACAGAGGCAUACAAGGAGGUAUGGCAGGUCAAUUUAAAAUCCAAAGGUCUGGGUCAAGUGAAGAAUCUCACGGGAGUCUAUAGGCUCUGUUUGUCCAGCCGAACCAUCAGUUUUGUGAAGCUGAACUCCGAGACAGCCGCGGUGUGUUUACAGCUCAUGAACAUCAGGAGAUGCGGCCACUCUGACAGCUUCUUCUUCAUCGAGGUAGGGCGAUCAGCAGUAACCGGGGCCGGGGAGUUCUGGAUGCAGGCGGAGGACUCUGUAGUUGCCCAGAACAUCCACGAGACCAUCCUGGAAGCUAUGAAGGCCAUGAAGGAGCUCUCAGAGUUCAGGCCCAGAAGCAAAAGCCAGUCAGCCAGCACCACCCCCAUCUCUGUGCCCACGCGACGCAACCUCACUAACUUGCCCCCAAGUCAGACGGGCCUGGUGAGGAGAUCUAGAACAGCCAGCGCCGCCGCCGCCACAUCUCCAGGAAGGAAGUUUACAUCCUGCCGCGUGAGAACCUCCAGCGAGGGCGACGGAAGCGUGCCGCGGCCCGUGUCCAUGUCAAUGCCCGUGAACGGAAGAGCCGCCAGUCCGAAUGUCGCCGCUCAACUCAGCAGAUCCAACACUCUGAGCAACGGGCGCACUUGCAGGAUGCUCGAGUCGUCCUUCAACCUGCAUCACAGCCUGUCCAUGCCAGGUUCCAACUCCCCUCCCGCCGCCUCCAGCCCCAUCAGCAUGUCACCCGGACAGAAUCUCUCCACUCCCAACAAGGCUGGACAAGCUUACAGUUGCAGCGGGUCGCUCGGCGACACCAGCUUCAUGCUGUGCGACGAUUACAGUUGCAGUCCGCUUGAAGCAAAGUUCCUCCCCCUAACCCGCAGCGAAACCCCAGACUCCCUGUCGAGCACCCCUUCAUCCCGUGACAUGAGCGACACUUGUGGCUACAUGUUCAUGGAUAAAGCUUACAGGAAGCGAACUCACUCCCUCACCACGCCACGUCCUCAAAAAGCUGUGACGCCGCUAUCCUCCGCAUCCCUGGAUGAGUACACGCUCAUCCAGGCCCGCGAUGGACACAACUCUCAUUCCGCCUCACCUAAAGUCUGCUACCCAGAAGAUUAUGGAGACAUAGAGAUUGGCUCAACCAGAAGCUCUAGUAGUAACCUCGGUGACGAUGGCUACAUGCCCAUGACUCCAGGCGUGGCGCCGCAUUCCGGCAAGGUCGACAACUACGUGCCCAUGAGCCCCAUGUGCGUCUCUGCACCAAAGCAGAUUGUGAACCCCAGAGUGCACCCUCACGGGGCUACCAGCAGGGGUUACAAAACCAGCUCCCCCUCGAGCAUCUCACUGGAGGACAGUGGCUACAUGCGAAUGUGGUGUGGCUCCAAGUCCUCCACGGAGAGCCCUGACAGGCAUGGUGAAUACAUGAACAUGUCACCCGGAAAUCCAGCUGCACUCCAGACCCCCCCUGACUACUACAUGGGUUUGAUGGCUGGAGAACCGACAUCCGUGAGGCCAGUGUACCAGCCCGGCUCCCUCUCCCUCCCCGCUAAAGUCCAAGGCUCCAAGAAUGACGACAGCAACCAGUACGUGUUGAUGAGCCCUCAAAGUUCCAGGCAGAGGGCGGCAGAUGCAGACUACUAUUCCGUGAUGCAACCUGCCUCGGCCCAGGACUCGCCGCUGAGCCCUUCGACCGCUUCCCCGGCCAGACACAACCUGACCCACAGAGGGAGGCUCGGCAGGCCCAACAGGCUGUCCCUGGAAACUCUCCGGACGCUGCCUAGCAUGCAGGAGUACCCAGUACCCGGUGAGCCCCGCAGCCCCGGAGAGUACAUUAACAUUGACUUCAGCGGCACCAGAAUCUCUCCGCCUUCGACCGAGUCCACGGAGAGCCAGUCGUCAUCUCUGAGUUCUUGUGACGACGGUUCCAGGAGGCCCUGUCUGACUUCCUACAUCAAACUCGAGAUGGCCCUGCACCAGCCCAAGGAGGCUGACGCUCUUGCUGCGGAGCACCCAGACGCACUCUCAGAUCUCUCCUUGUGUCCCCGGUCGGAGCAGGACGAGCUGUACCAUUUGGGUGGCCAGAAACAGACGAGAGAAGGCCAAGAGGGGCAUAAUGACUAUACGCAGAUGACGUUUGAGAUGACCAACUCACCCCCGCAGCUUGUUCCUCAAGUUACAACAAGUCAGAGCAGCAGAGGACGGAGGCAUUCCCUGGAACAGCCGGCUGUCCCAGAAGGAAUCGGUGUCUUCCUCCUUGGGGCCGCCUCUUCAUCCACACUGGACCCCGACUGCUCGGCCAAAGUGAUCCGGGCCAAUCCGCAAGGACGUAGACGCCACAGCUCGGAGACCUUCUCCUCCACGGCCACCGUGACGCCCGUCUUCCCUUCGUUCGCCUGCGGCGAUACCGGCAAGAGACACAGCUCUGUGGAGAACAUCUCCUCGCGGAGCAGCGAGGGCUCAGACGAGGAGUACGGCAGCCCCGUGAACCGGUACCCAAACAGACUCAACUACAUUGCCUUGAACCUGCUGGACAACAAAUGUGAUGAUCUGGAUGGCUUCAAACCAGUUAGCAGCUGCAAACAGGGUAUCAAUGGAUUACACAGCUCGCCAUAUGUCUGCUUGGGCUUCAAGGAGUCUGCGACUACUGCCAAAGAUUGAAGCAGUCUCAACUGUUCCCGUGAUCAACGUGACCCCUUUUACCUCGGCGACCUCAAGAGAUGGCAUGCAAACCUCGUCGCUACAUGAAAUCACAUGCACGCAUGUGUAAAGUAGGCCACCAUUUAUGCAUGUUGGGAACUAGCUAAGGGUAAGAAGAGCGUGUGUGUGUGUGCGCGUAAUGGAGCAUCAACUCAGUCAGUGACACUGUUCCCAUGAAACCUGACUACCAGAAGUGUGAGAAGUACACCGAGUACAGAACUAUAUUUGAUGAGUUUAUUUAUUCCAUCAGGACGAAUGUUUAAUGGGUCCCGCCCAAUGCCUUAAAUGUCUUUAUUUUUCUCUAUGUUUUCAACAAAAUAAGAGAAAAUAUUCUAUUGGCGUAUGUGUUCUUCUAUAUUGUUCUUCGCUUGGCAAAGUAGUAUUACUUAAGAAAGGUACAGUCAAAGUAUUUUCUUAGUUUGCUAUUUAUUCUCACAAGUUUAUUUUUUUAACCAAACUUGAGAAAAUAUAUUUCUAAAUACACAAAGUUCUAUCCGAGGCAUUGGAAUGCACUGCCCUUCUGACCUUUUUCCCCCCCUCAGUCACGUGAGCCUGCAGCCUGAUGCUUGCUCCACGCAUACGGGCCCCGGAGCGUCUUGCUAUGUUGCCACCGAAGGCUAAAAUGUGAUUUGUAGAGAGGAGGCUGGAACAUCUGGCAUCAGCAUGGAAACUCUCAGGGGAGUCUGCUGUGUGGAAAGUUAGAGUGAAGUACAUACCUAUCUUUCUAUGAGGAUAGGCCAGUACAACAAACAUACUCCUCCUGACCUUAGCUUUGGGAAUACUCUUAUAUAAUUGUAAUGAUACAAAGGCAUCUCUUUAUGUUCAAAUAUCUUUACGCCGCCACACAGAUGCUAUCUGUUAGCUCGACUUUUGAUGUUUUGCAUUGUGCUAUUAUGACUAAACGGACUUUCCUAAGGCAAAACUAUGCGCUAGCUUCAAAUACACAAUGUGUAAUUCUCCUGCUUUAUGCUUACUUUGACAGUAAAUUACAAUUGGGAGUGGCAUAAAACAGCUUAAAAGUCUUUAAAGAAAUGAAAUGAGAAUGACAAAAUGGAAUAGGUGUAUUUGAGAGCUUUAGGAGAGUUGCUUCACUGGGUUAGAACUGCAUCUGAUUACCAACGUACUGUACGGUCUAUGCACAUCAUUCAUCUUUGCAUUUAGCAUCAACGCUAACAUUACAAAUCGCGCCACAUGUCACUUGUAAUUGUAAUUCAUCUGUGUUCUGUUAGCGUUCAUUAGCGACUGUAGCUUCUGACACAGCGUCUCACAUUAGCUUAAAAGUGAAUGUCACUUCUAAGACCUCCAUUCAUUUGAUCCAUUCACAGUUUAUUCAAGCGAUAAAUAUUAGAUGUCAAUCCUCCAUGGUAUCAUGCACACAUGCCGAUUCCACCUCCAGACUUUCAGGGUACUGUAGAACGUGUAAAACUUCAGGUCCCAAAAUAUCAGUGAGCCGACGACAGGUUAAAGAGAGAGGUAUAUGACAUUCAAACUGUAUACCAUGACGGUACUGGUGUUUGUAUUUAUUAACUACCUGGAUGUGAAUAGGGUGUAAAUAGACAGAGUUUAAGAGAAAACUAUUCUACUGAGAAUUAAUAAAUAUAGAUUUUACCUGUGUUGUAUACACUAUAUACAGUAUUUAUGUCAAAAGAUUUUGGCUACCCUUAUUAUUGCUUUCAGGUUUUACCGUGUAUCGUAUGCUUUCUCCUUCACUGUGUAAAAGCGAAAUAUUUUAAUAUAAAAAUCAGUUGCCUUGUUGACAGACUUAACCUAAUGGUAUGCAAUAGUGACAUGAAUACGAUCUAGUUUGUAAUGGUGGAACCAAAUGUAACAAACGUCUCCAUGGUUUGCUGCUGUCCCUUGUUAAUUUUUUCCCCCCCCCUCCUCUCCAAGUGUUUUUUUUUUGUCUAUUGUGUCGACGUCUUCCAUUGUACAUACAACGCUAUGCUCUUUCUAUUGUGACACUCACGAGAAGUUAUUUUAACAAUUUAUGGAUUCUGCGGGUCAUUUGUUGCUUUGAUCUGUAUCGAUUGUGCAUAGUGACCUAAAUAAAUCAUUUAUUUACACCAGUA